AUGGGCGACUUAACGUUCUACACCGUAACCUUCAACGUUGCCACCAGAUCUCCCCGACAACCCCUAGAAGAUUUGCUACAAUGGAACGGACGCACCGAUCGCCAGCUACCAGAUUUUUGUUUAUUCGGGUUUCAAGAAAUCAAGGCUCAACCUCAAAACUUAUUACUUGAUUCAGUAUUUGAUGACCCUUGGACAGCAGCUCUUAGGGAUGUGUUAAGUGGCUAUCAUUAUGUAAAAAUACGUACUGUAAAAAUGGUCGGAUUGCUGUUAAAUGUUUUUUGUAAACGAAAACAUGUUCCUCUUUUAAAAGAAAUGCAAACUUCAGAAACACGUACUGGAAUUUUGGGUGUUUGGGGAAAUAAAGGUGCUGUCAGUUUUAGUUUUAAAAUUUAUGGGGCGACAAUAUGCUGUGUGAACUGUCACUUUGCUGCGCAUGAAGAAUAUUUAAAACAUAGAAUUAAAGACUAUCACACAAUCAUUGAGAGUCAACAUUUUGGUUCAUCUAGAAAAGUUAUUUUAGAUCACGACUAUGUUUUUUGGUUUGGCGAUCUCAAUUUUCGUUUAGACAAUAGUAAACUAAAGUCAGCUGAAGAAAUUGCUCGCCACGUUAACAAUGUAAAUUUAUCACAGAGAAGUGCAACAACAUUACCUGACAUCUGGUUACAAGAUGAGUUAAGUUCAGUCAUGCAAAAAUCAAAAGCUUUCAAAGGAUUUUUUGAACAUUUGCCAAUGUUUCCACCUACCUAUCGAUAUAUUUUCGGGUCCAGCAGUUAUGAUCUCAAGAGAAGACCUGCAUGGACAGAUCGCAUUUUAUAUAAAACAAUUGAUUCAUCAAAUGAAAAGUGUGUACUAGAGGUAUUAUCGUAUAAGUGCAUUGAGUCAAUACAAUUAAGUGACCAUAGACCAGUUUAUAGCGAAUCCAGUGUUCAAAUAUCUAGUGAAGGAAAUUUCAACAAUGUUGACCAACCUGUAAUUUUCCAACCAAUUAAGACGUGGCAUUUAGAUACAGAAAAUGAAGUUAAUUUGCAGAUAAAAGAAUAUAUUCCAUGGGUGAAUGAUUGGAUAGGGGUAUUCCAAGAGAAAUAUACUAGUCUUGAUGACUAUAUAUCAUAUGUGUACUUACCUUCAGAGAUCAUGGAAUGUGAUGAAUCAAAUAAUGAAUAUAGACGAUUUGACGACAUGACAUCUGUGUGUAGAGUAAAAUUUGUUCCUGAAGUAUUUUCAGAUGGUUCAAAAAGAGUGUGUUUGAAAUUUUCAGAAACUUCAGUGCUCAAUCCAGGCACUUAUAGACUAAUAUAUUUUAGUAGUACUAAUAAUUCAGUGCUCGGAGUAUCAAAUCCAUUUAUUGCUACCAAACAAACAUGUGCGUUAAAUACAUCUCGUGAAGUUGGUUGGUAG